AUGCAGGGGAGAUCUCUUCAAGACACGCUCGAGGAAUCUCUUCCAGACCUCUCUUUUGUCUCCUUAUUUCUCUCCCUUCCCCACCCCCCGUCCCAUUAUAUUCCCCUCUUAACUUCUUUCGUCCUCACUCUAUCCCCUUACAUCCCAUCCAUCUGAUACCGAGAAGCGUAUCAAUCCCCAACCCCACACCACGUAGCCAUGCUCUUCUCGACCGCUGUCCGGAUACCGCCAUCGUCGGCGACGCUGCUGCGGCCCAACCUACCCGUUUCUCUCCCCGGUCCGUGGAAUGUAGCUGUCGUACGGAAGCUAGGCGGUAACUCGUGUCUUGCCCGUUGGAGAUGCCAUGCAAUAUCCAAACAAAGCACUCAAGAGCAUGCUGCAAAUUCAGUUCCAGCCAUCGGAUGGCGGGAGAAAGUUCCUGAAUUGAAUGAUGAGGACCGAGAGCUGGAGGACUUGCGGGGGUUGAUUAAUGAAGUGAAGUCGAUGCUUAGCUCGAUGGAUGAUGAUGGAGAAAUAAGCAUUUCAGCGUAUGACACAGCGUGGGUGGCCUUGGUGAAGGACCUGAAUGGAAGCGGUGGCCCUCAAUUCCCAUCUAGCCUGCAAUGGAUUGUCGAAAACCAACUGCCUGAUGGCUCAUGGGGGGACUCAAUUUUCUUAGCUCAUGAUCGGAUAAUCAAUACUCUAGGUUGCGUCGUCGCGCUAAAAUCAUGGAAUACUCGCCUUGAUAUCUGUGACAGAGGAAUUUCUUUUCUUCGCGACAAUAUGUGGAGAUUGGCUGAGGAAGAAGCAGAGUUGAUGCCCAUUGGUUUUGAGAUCGCCUUCCCUUCUCUCCUAGAGAUAGCCAAGUCCUUGGGGUUGGAACUUCCUUAUGAUGAUCCUGCGUUGCAAGAUAUAUAUGCCAGCAGAAACCUAAAGCUGAAGAGGAUCCCGAAAGAUGUGAUGCACAAAUUACCAACAACACUGCUUCAUUCCCUGGAAGGAAUGCUUGACUUGGACUGGGAGAAGCUGCUUGCGCUCCAAUGUCUUGAUGGGUCCUUCCUAUUUUCUCCUGCUUCAACAGCCUACGCUCUCAUGCAGACGAGCAACGAGAGGUGCCUCAAGUACCUUCAGAAAAUUGUCGAAAGGUUCAAUGGAGGAGUACCCAAUGUAUAUCCUGUAGAUCUUUUCGAGCACAUGUGGGCUGUCGAUCGAUUGGAGCGCCUUGGAAUCUCCCGGUAUUUCGAACCAGAGAUCAAACAAUGCCUGGAUUAUGUUUAUAGAUACUGGACCGAGGAAGGGAUUUGUUGGGCAAGGAAUUCUAGAGUACAUGAUGUGGAUGACACGGCCAUGGGAUUUCGUCUCCUCCGUUUACAUGGAUACCAUAUGUCUACUGACGUUUUCAGGCAUUUUAAGAAAGAAGAUGACUUCUUUUGCUUCGCUGGGCAGUCGAAUCAAGCAGUCACUGGGAUGUACAACCUUAACAGGGCUUCUCAGGUGGCAUUUCCUGGGGAGAAAAUACUGGAGCAAGCCAAGGAUUUUUCAUAUAAAUUUCUCCGGGAAAAGCAAGCUUCCAACCAGCUCCUGGACAAGUGGAUCAUAACCAAGGACCUGCCCGGUGAGGUGGAGUACGCACUGGACUUCCCCUGGUACGCCAGCCUACCCCGCAUAGAGACGAGAUUGUACGUCGAGCAUUACGGAGGUGCGGAUGACGUUUGGAUUGGCAAGACCCUCUACAGGAUGCCACGUGUGAACAACGAUGUGUAUCUGGAGCUUGCCAAGGCCGACUUCAACAGAUGCCAGGCACUCCAUCAGGUGGAGUGGCAAGACCUUCAGAAGUGGUACGAGGAGAGCGGGCUGGGGAAGCACGGGGUGCGACGGAGCAGCGUGCUCACGGCCUAUUUUCUGGCAGCCGCGUGCGUGUUCGAACCGGAGCGAGCGGCGGAGAGGCUGGCAUGGGCUCGGACCGCCAUCGUUGCUGACGCAAUCUCUUCGUAUUUCCGCAGCGAGUCGUGUUCCGAUGAAAUGAGGCAGGGCUUCAUCCACGACUUCCUCCAUAGCCCUAACAGGUGCAGAUCGGGUUGGAAGAGGACACGGCUAGGAGGAGAAGAGGUGGCAGGCCCAGUACUACUGCAGCUGCUCGACAACAUCGCGUCCGACGCGUUGCUGGCUAACCGAGGAAACCACGUUGGCCACCACCUAAGAGAAGCCUGGGCUGAGUGGCUGCUGACGUGGAAGCACGAGGAUGAGGGAACGCAUGUGCGGGAGGAGACCGGGUUGCUGCUGGUUCGCACUGUGGAGAUUUGUGCUGGCCGAUCCGGUUCGGUCGAGUCGGUAGCGGCUUGCUCGGAGUUCGAUUGGCUGGCCAGGCUCACCUCCUCCAUCUGCCACCGGCUCCAGCGCCGCUUGCUGCUUCAACAGGACAACCCAAAGAAUUUAGACACAUUUGAGGAGGACAAGGCAGUAGAAGCAGAAAUGCAAGAGUUAGCACAGUGCGUGCUUCAGAGAUCUCCUAACCUGAGCAGCCAAACCAAGCAGACGUUCCUCACUGUUGCAAAAAGUUUCUACUAUGCUGCCCACCGUCCAUCUGCCAUUGUCGACCAUCACAUCUCCAGGGUUCUUUUCGAGCCAGUAGCUUAAUCUGGCUGCAAAUAAAGUAAAGAUCAGUUCAUCAGGACGCAAAGGCAUCACUGUUAUCAAUGUUCUGAAUUCAUGGAGUUGUAACACCUACAAGUAAAUUUUAACCACCAACCUGCAGUAGACUUGCCCAGUACAACGCUAUCAUCUAGUGGAAUCCCUUGUAAAAAGGCGCUUUAAUCAAUCAUAUUCAUGUUCAUCUCGUGUGAUUGGCUUUC